GUGAAGCUCACUGCCUUUGUGGCUCCGCGGAUUUAUUUGUUCGAGUUUUGGAAAUGGGCUGCGGGAGUAGCAAGGUUCUCACGGAUACUUCGAAAAACGGCUACGUUAGCUUUGUAAAGUCAUUUGUGAUCUGCAGUAACAAGGGAAGCGAGAUAGACGAGACACGUAAAUGUAUCGGUAAACGAAAUCUCUCAUGGGGAGACCACGAUGGAUCUAUACAAUCAACAGGAAGCGUUCGGCAGCUGACAAUCAAUGAUGGGCAGCAGAGGCAGAGAAAAGUUGAAAAGUAUAGGGCAAAAUUUGACACUCGAGUGACAGCGAGGUAUGACAUCAAGGCCCUGAUAGGUCGUGGCAGCUUUAGCCAUGUAGUGCGUGUGGAGCACAGAAGCACACGGCAUCCCUUUGCCAUCAAGAUGAUGGAGGUGGAGGCUCCGGAAGGGCGCCAGGUUUGUGCCUCAGAGCUGGCAGUGCUGCGCAGGGUGCGCCAUGCCAAUGUUGUGCAGCUAGUGGAGGUGUUUCAGACCGCCCAGCGGGUUUACAUGGUGCUGGAGCUGGCCACAGGCGGGCAGCUGCUAGACCGGGUGGUGGCCAGAGGGCACUUCACCGAACGGCACGCCACCCGCGCCCUGCAGAUGGCGCUGGCUGGGGUGGCCUACCUUCACGCCCUGGGCAUUACCCACCGAAACCUGAAGCCAGACAACCUGCUGUACUACCACCCCGGGGCCGAGGCCAGGCUGCUGGUGACAGACUUUGGCCUUGCCACCAUCGGGGGAGGCAGGGACGCUGGAGGGGUUGGAGGAGGGACUGCAGAAAAAGGUGGGGAUAUAGCAGGAGACAAAAUUAUAAAAGGAGGAGAAAUGAAGAGCGGUGUAGAAGGAGAUGAGGAGAGGGUUGGAGGAAGCAGAGGAACAGAAGCGAGAGGAACCAGUGGUGGUGUAAUAGCUGACUGGGCCUUGAAGACAACCUGCGGGACCCCAGAGUACAUGGCCCCUGAGGUGGUGCUGAGGAGACCCUAUACGUAUGCGGUGGACAUGUGGGCCAUGGGGGUCAUCUCCUACAUCCUGCUAAGUGGUUCAGUGCCCUUUUGGGAUGAAAGUCGGCCCAGAUUCUACAGGGCCAUCGUGACAGGCAGAUACAGCUUUCAGGGAGAGCCCUGGCCCUCCGUGUCCAACCUGGCAAAGGACUUUAUCGAGCGUCUGCUGGCCUCUGACCCCAGCUCCCGCAUGACCGCUGCUCAGGCCCUCAGUCAUCGCUGGGUUGUCACCAUGGCAGCUGGUUCCUCAUUGAAGAACCUGCACCGCUCCAUCUCCCAGAACCUCCGGCGACGAGCGUCCUGCGCCUCCUCAUGCAGCCCCAGCUUGGCAGGCUCUGGUGGGCUUCACCGCACGCCGGCAGAGAGAGAAAUGCCUCAGCUGGAAGGAGACCAGGGACGGAGACAGUAGACAGAACAUAAGCACACCACCCAGCCACUCAGCCCUGGCCUGGAGCUCCCCUCCAUCCUAAAGAAGUUCAUCCCAGAGCUUCCUCCAUGCAACACCAACCCCAGACCCACCACCUGCUGCCAGUCAGUGAAUCUGAGUCUCAGGCAGGUUAAUGUAGGGAAGAGAAUAUCUGCUCCAGCUCAAGCCAGGCUGCCAUGGCAGGCCUCAGAGGCUCCCCAGGCUCACAUUCUGUACCAGGCUCCAGUACCGUCUGUGGGUCACAGGAAGGCCAUGGCAGCCCUGUCUGGUAGGGGUGUUGGGGAGAGGACGAUCUUAGCAGCAUCUACAGUGUGGACGGUAAACUCCCACUCAGACGUUCUCCAGGCCUCCUAGCCCAGAUCACAUACAGACUAACUGAAGGGUCCAGGCAGGGUCCAC